UGACAUGACUGAGCUUCACCCCGCCCCACCCACCAUCAUCCUCGCUGUGAACUGUCCACUCUUUCCCCCCUUUUCUCUGUCACCUGUUUCAUUUCAUAUUAAUAAGGACCUUCAUCGUCGGUUGCGGCAACAACGGCUGUGGAGCUUUUCGCCCUUCUCCCCAACUUCCCUCGUCUUCGCUGUCUGCUCUCCGUGCCUCCCCUGUCCCUUCGCUGAUUGUCACUGUCUAACGGUGGACGGUAACCCAUAGCUGUGAGCUUCAGCGUCUCUCUGAGAUAUUUUCCUAAGUUUAGUGGUUCGGCUUUAUCUUUUAAAAUUCCUGAAGCUGCAGGAAUUCCGUCGCGUUGUUUCUUUUCCUUGAUGGAUCUCAGAGGAUGUUCUAGUUUUGGGGGAGGGUCGGUGCGGAGGGAAGGUUAAGACGGUGGGGAGGUUUGAGUCUGUAGGCAGUCGGAUUUGUAGAGUUCUAGGUAGUGAUCACAAGCGGCCAAGAUGACGGCCACUUCGGCCUUCGUCACGUCCUUGCUCACAUCUUUAAUCAUCUUCGUUGUUCUGCUUUUGUUAUUUCUGGUUCUCUCACGUCGGCCUGGAAACUUUCACGUUUAUUAUCCUCUGCGUGCGCUGCGUGGGGAAGGUCCUUAUGGGAAGAAGCGUGGGCUUUUCGCUUGGGCGAAAGAAGCCUUUCAAGCUACAGAUGAAGACAUUGUAGCUGCCGCUGGUCUUGAUGCUGUAGUCUACAUUCAUCUGUUCACCACAGCACUGGAGAUCAUAGUGCUCUCGGCAGCUUUCUGCAUUCCUAUUCUGAUACCUAUUGCAGCCACGAGUGACAACAACAAGUUUCUAGCAAGGACUCAAGCAAACUACACGUACUCAGAUUUUGACAAUCUCGGUAUGGGCAACAUCCGAGCGAGCAGCCCCAGAUUAUGGGCAUUUCUCCUGGGAGUUUACUGGGUUUCUUUUGUCACCUACUACUCGUUGUGGAAAGCUUACAAACGGGUGUUUAAUUUGCGAAACAAUCUUCAUUCUUCCGCUGUGGCGCGCCCGCAGCAGUAUGCUGUACUGGUGCGGGACAUUCCAGCCCCAGAGAAGCACCAGACACGCAGUGAGCAAGUGGAGUCCUUCUUCAGAAGAGUGCACCCCCAUACGUACGAGCGUUGUAUGGUCUUGCACGAUUUCAGCCAGGCUGAGAAGCUCUACGACGAGCGCGAGGCUGCUUCACGCAAGCUGCAGCAUGCGCAGGCAGUCUUCGAGCUAUCUAAGACUAAAGCUGGCAGCGAUGGAGUUCGUCCUAUGCACAAGACUGGCUUCCUGGGCUUGGUUGGCCCCAAGGUCGACUCCAUCGACUAUUGGACAACGAAGAUAAAUGAACUCACACCUAAGCUGGAGGAAGAACGAAGUCGAGUCGAUGAAAAAGCGAAAAAAGAUGCCGCUCUCGUUAUCUUCAAUGACCGACUAGCGGCUGCUGAGGCUGCUCAGUCCGUUCAUGCACCAUAUGCUCUCGAAUGGCAAGUGGAGCCAGCGCCUGAGCCCAGAGAGUGUAUUUGGAACAAUAUGUAUGUGCCUGCAUGGCAGCGGUCCAUCAGAAAGCCCACUGUCUACGUCAUCACGUUCCUCACAAUCGUUUUCUACAUGAUUCCUAUAAUAGCGAUUUCGGCGAUUACAACUCUUGAGAACCUGGAGAAGAUUCUUCCGUUCAUCAAGUCCAUCACCCGAAUCAGUGCUCUGAAUACAGUGUUGCAAGCUUUCUUGCCGCAACUCGCCCUUAUUAUCUUCAUGGCACUACUGCCAAAGCUCCUCCUCGCUUUGUCCAAGACCGAAGGAAUUCCCACCAAGAGUCACAUUGAGCGAGCUGCAGCAGGAAAAUAUUAUUAUUUUAUGGUAUUCAAUGUGUUCCUCGGAAUUACCAUUUUUGGUGCAGUGUUCUCAAGCUCAGCUGGAUUCAAAGAACUGAUUAACCAAUCAUCAAUCUCUGUGAGCAAGGUCGUCGAAUUGUUAGGUUCCAAGCUGCCUCCAGUUGCAACUUACUACAUCACAUUUGUUGCUCUCAAGUUCUUUGUUGGCUAUGGUUUAGAAAUUUCACGAAUCGUUCCACUUAUAAUUUUCCACAUCAAACGCAAGUAUCUCUGCAAGACUGAGCGGGAACUGGAAGAGGCCUGGGCACCAGGACCCUUCUCUUAUCACACCAGUGUUCCAGCAGACCUGCUGAUCUUAAUCGUGACUCUCUGCUACUCGGUCAUUGCUCCCAUGAUUCUCGUCUUCUCAUUCCUCUACUUCUUCAUCGGAUGGCUCGUGACGCGCAACUCGGCUUUGAAAGUUCAGGUCCCUGAGUGGGAAAGCAACGGAAGGAUGUGGCCUCACAUCCACAACCGCUUCUUGGGUUCUUUGUUGGUCUCUCAAAUCACAGCUUUGGGAUAUUUCGCGGUGCAGCAGUUUCCUUACACUGUAUUCUUGAUCUUCCUACCCAUCCUGACCUUCGGCUUCUACGUAUACUGCAAACGGAAUUUUUAUCCUUCCUUUGCAGUCGUCUCUCUGUAUGUUGCAAGCCAACCAGUUAAGGAGACGGUCUCUACGAACACCAUUGUGGAAGCAUACACACCCACUUGCUUGCUGAACAGCGAUGAGUACGAGGACGCGGAGUUUCAGGAUGCUAGAUCCGCCAUGACCUCCAGGAGUAACUCUGGCAUCACCAACUCAGGUGAUAAGACCCCAACUGGUAUUGUGUAGAAUGGUUUCAUGUAUUUUCAUACUGUCUCUACUGCCACUGCAUUCUUUGACUGUUCAGCAGAAUCUCUUCUAUCCUAGCUCUUCCAAGACUAGGUACCGUCAUGAAUGUUCUUCGGGAGAAUGGAGCCAUCCGUUGAGUGUCGGUGGCAGGCGUCAGCUCCGAUAUUUGAGUGGGAAUCGGAGUGAUUAGUGUCGGUGGGGCCAGUGUAUGGCAAGGUCAGGGCGAGUGAGGUCCUAUUUGUAACAAAACUGCUCUUGUACAAUGAUUUGAUUCUGAAAUGAAAUGAAAAGAAGUUGUGUUCUUUCAAUUCUUUGUAA